UAAAUCAAAGUGAGGAACUGAGAGUGUGUCAGGGCAGUCUGCCUUCUACUGUGGGGAGAGAUCAAUGGACAUGUUUGAUUAGCCUGUGUAAGGAGCAGCAAGGGACUUCAGGCUUGCUAACUUUAUUGGACCAUCAAAUGUAUUACUAGCUGAUUUUGGACACAUUUAGGACUGUCAUAAACGUGCAGGAUAUUGAGAACAAGAGAGAAUUAUCCUUAUUUCUCACCUUAUAAAAGUGUCCUGUGGUUAUCACCUUUGAUGUCAAAGCCCAUGAAAGGAAACCUACACUGAAAAAACUACAGACUAAAGGUAUUGAAACUUGUGUCUUAGCACAAUAGCUAAGAAUCCUGAAUCUUCAAAAGAUUCAAACCUUACUGCCAGAACUGUGAACUUAUUUGGUAAUAUAUCAAGCAGACACAGAGAAAGCUGCACAGCAAAAGCUACAGUAAGGAGUCCCACCCAACCAAUCCACAUGUGAGCAACUAUCCAAAAUCUGAUCGCAGCAGACUACACAGAACUUAAAUAUAGUGUGUUUUUCUGUUUUGUUACAAUGAAGGAAAAAGUUAUAACAGUUUUAUUUGUUUUAAUCCUGGGGUGUACUGGUGUAUCUUCCAAGAAGAAUAGAAAGAACAGACAACAUGUGCCUAGUAUUGAAUGUGAAAUUAAAGCCGGAAAAAUAGUCAAUCCUGAAUUCCUUGCAAAAUGUCCCUCUGGAUGCCAGGAUGGAAAAUAUCGUACUUAUGGCACAGACAUAUACUCCUCAAUCUCCAGUAUUUGCUCAGCAGCCAUUCACAGUGGUGUCAUUGAUAAUUCUGGGGGGAAAAUUCUUGUUCGAAAAGUAGCUGGACAGUCUGGAUAUAAGGGAAGCUUCUCAAAUGGGGUACGAUCGUUGUCUUUACCACGUUGGAAAGAGUCAUUUGUUGUUUCAGACGGAAAAGGAAAGAAAGGUGUAACCUAUCCCACUGUUCUUGAAUACGUGGAAGCUAGAGAAGUCCCACAGAGAGAGGCACCAUCCCCAGUUAUGACCACAACUCAGUCAAUUGUUACUACUACCACACCUACCACAACUCCAGAGCCUACAACUCCACAGCCUACAACAACUCCACAGCCUACAACAACUCCAAAACCUACAACCACCCCCACAACUACUACUACUACUACCACCACAACUACUACCACUACAACAACCAGGAUGAGACCUCCACUGGUACGGGCAAGAGAUACAGCCGCAAGUAACAUUCAUCCAGCGUACUCAUCAGUUGUUGCUGCUCAAUCAAGGCAAGCCAUGCCGGCUCCACAAGGAAGAGUUCAAACUCAAGUUGUCAGGUCACCAGCUAUUUAUGCAAGCAGUCGACAAAUAACCAGGAGUAAUCCAGGUGCCAGUAGAAUUCAGCAGAUUUUAGCUGAAAAGGCAAUUCAAGCAAAUCCAAGUGUGCAAAGACGUGACUGGCAAAAUCCUAGCCGAGGAAAUAAUCCAGUUGUGCAACGCAGACCAGUAGCUCAAGAAAGAAGCAAUGUAGCUCCAAAUACUGGACACAGCUGGUCCUCAGACACACGUGAUACUCAAGGUUCACAGCGACGAGACUGGCAAACUCCAAGUCGAGUACAAGUCCCAACUGUUCAGCGUAGGCCAACAGGUUCUGAUACUGGUUAUAAUGCUCCCCCUGCUGUGCCUAACUGGUCUGCAGAAACACAUGACACUGAUGUUUUACAGAGGCGAGAAAAUCCAAAUUACCGAUUAAAUGUUCCCCCAGUACAGCGCAGACCAGCAGUUCCAGAAAGCAGCAAUGUAGCUCCUCCUGCCGCUCCAUUCUGGCCUGGAGAAACCCGUGAUACUCAAGUUUCCAAUCCAAGGUCUAGUGUGUCAGAGUUUGACAGGUGGGUCUCCGGCUUCUCACAAAGCAAUUCCAGAAACACUGACACUGACACAACCUGGAGGGCUGCUGAAGAGGUGCCAGAAACCAAAGUUCCAGUUGCAAUUCCAGUGCCAGUUCCAGUGCCAGUUCCAGUUAAACCUGAAUUUAAAGUUGAUGUUGAACCAGAUCCAUGGCGAAGGUUCUCAGAAAGUGGAGUUCCUGCCAAAGAAGAAGUGAACUCAAGACUACCAGUGGAAACAGUAGCCUUUGGAGGCUUAAAUUGCAAAAUAGAUCUGGUGUUCCUCAUUGAUGGCAGCUGGAGCAUUGGUAAGAGACGUUUCAGGAUUCAGAAACUUUUCCUAAGCCAGAUGGCGGAUGCUCUGGAUGUUGGCAUUUCUGGACCUCUCAUGGGUAUUGUACAAUAUGGGGAUGACCCAUCAACAGAAUUCAGCCUUCGAUCGUACUUCAACUCUAAAGACCUGAGAAAUGCCAUUGAAAAAAUUCCACAAAAAGGAGGAUAUUCUAAUGUUGGAAAGGCUCUGUCCUAUGUGAACAAGAAUUACUUUUCUGAUGCCAGUGGGAAUAGAGGAGCAGCUCCAAAUGUGGCUGUAGUUCUUGUUGAUGGAUGGCCAACAGAUAAAGUGGAAGAAGCCUCUCGUCUUGCUCGGGAAUCAGGAAUAAAUAUUUUUUUUGUGACAAUUGAAGGUGCAGAUGACAAUGAAAGGUCUAGUGUUGUGGAACCAAACUUUGUAGACAAGGCUGUUUGCAGAACCAAUGGUCAUUUUUCCAUCAAUGUUCCCAGUUGGUUUGGUCUCCAUAAAAUUGUGAACCCACUGGUGAAGCGUAUGUGUGAUACUGAUAAGUUAGUCUGUAGCAAGACCUGUCUUAAUGCUGCUGAUAUUGGGUUCAUCAUCGAUGGGUCCAGUAGUGUCGGUACAGGAAACUUCCGCACAGUUCUGCAGUUCAUAGCGAAUAUAACAAGCGAGUUUGAGAUUUCGGACACAGACACAAGAAUUGGAGCUUUACAGUAUACGUAUGAACAGAGGCUGGAGUUUGGUUUUGAUAAGUACAGCACAAAGCAAGAUGUUGUAAAUGCCAUAAUGAGAAUCGGCUAUUGGAGUGGAGGCACAAGUACAGGAGCAGCCAUCACAUAUGCUAGUGAACAGCUAUUUAGCAAAUCAAAACCAAACAAGAGGAAGAUCAUGAUUGUAAUAACCGACGGUCGUUCUUACGAUGAUGUUCGGGCUCCCGCUGCAGCUGCUCAUCGAAAUGGGGUCAUUGCAUAUGCUGUUGGUAUCGCCUGGGCAGCCCAAGAUGAACUGGAAUCCAUUGCUACGGAUCCAAAAAAAGAGCAUUCGUUCUUUGUGGAUGAAUUUGACAGUCUCUAUAAGUUUGUAGGAAAGAUUAUCCAGAAUAUUUGUACGGAGUAUAAUUCUCAACCAAGAAAUUAAAGUAUGCGUUGGUUAAAGUAUUUUUAUACUGCUUGGAUAAUACACUUUCUGGCAUUGAACAGAAAAACUUCUACAACAAAUGAUGUAUUAAAUUUAGAGAGGUCUGUCUUUGAAUACAGAUAUUCUCGUGUCCUAAAUCCUGAUCCAUGACAUGCUAAUGUUUUCUUUCCACCUGUAAAUUGCAGCCUCACUCCACAUUUCAGGUGUGAAAUUAACUGAAAAUAUGAUCAUCACAGUUCGACAAUCAUAUGGCAAAUCUUGGAAUAUUCAAUAUACUCUGGCUAUGAAGUCAGUCGGUAUUACCUGACCUAUUGGCCUGCUUAGCAUGCAAAAAUAACACUUUAUUAAAACGGGUCACAGGCAGUAUUGUUACAGAACAUUGACAUCUAUGGUAGUUUUUUUUAGGCUUAGCCCAAAUUUAACAUAAUAGUAAGUAAUGUCAUUAUGUUAUUAUCCAAUACUGCCCUCUAGUGUCAAACUACUAACAUGCAUCAUAAGAACAAAGCUUUAUUUGCAAAAGCUAUCCCAAAGCAUCACUUUUUUUAUUUUUUUAACAAAAUAAAGCAUCAUAUCUUUUAAAGACAAGGAUAUGUCAGAUCAAUUUUUUCUCUUCCUAUUUUUUAUGAUUUGGGCUCACACUGCAUGUAACUUUGUAACUGAAGAAAAAAAAAAGUUGUUCGUUUUGUGCAAGAGCUAUUUUCUGCUCUUCCAUAAGUGAUGAUUUUGUAGUUGACUACAAGUAAUCUAACAGCACAGUGCCAUGAAUUUUGAUCCUCAUAGGGUCACUUGACACAGUUCUAAGCAGUUGUAUAGAUUAAGCAGAACUGUAUAAAUUUGCACAUUAAAUCUGAGUUUUAGAGGGGGAAAAGUCAUGAAAAUCAAUAUAGCAAAUCAGUGAGACAUUUUAAUUUUUUUUUUUUUUUUUUUUUUUGCAAUUAUUAUGUAUAUUUUAAUUAAAAAAAUCUUUACAUUAAAAAAAAUCAGAAAAACUAUAUAUUUCAGUAUAGUUUGUACAGUUUUAAUAUUAUUCUAUUUUCAUUAUAUAAUAUAGCAUUUAUACACAGCUAAAGGGGUUUCAGUGACUUGUAUACUGUUCCUUUACUUAUAAAAAUUGUUUUGUAUAUAAGAAAACUUUUUACUACUUCAAAUCUGAUGCAAUAGAAGAGCUGAGUUUUACAACACAAUCAAUGUUUGUGAUGUAUUAAUUAUGAGACAGAUAGCAAUGAUUACUGUCAAUAUCAAAGAGCAAAUAUUUUUGUGGGAGAAUGUCAUCCAAUCUGUUUCUAUCACAUCAUAAAGUAAUUUCAAGAAAUAAAAAUCUACAAUAUUACUGUGUUAUUGCUGGAAUAAAUGCCCCAGUAGAAUUGUC